AUGCUUGGUGACUCUUCCGCUGGGAACAAGGAGAAUAUGGAUGUUAUGCACGAGGAAAAGAAGGAAAAGACAAUUGAGGAAGCUGGAGACGCAUGCGCUUCGAUCUGUUAUGACGAAGAAGAGGAACCGAUCUUAAAGGAGAACCCCCAUCGUUUUGUUAUAUUUCCGUUGAAAUACCACGACAUCUGGGCAUUCUACAAGAAAGCUGUUGCGUCAUUUUGGACCGUUGAAGAAAAGAAGGCGGAGUGGGCGCUGAAAUGGAUUGAUAAUCAAGAUGCAUGUUUUGCUCAACGCCUCAUUGCUUUUGCAGCUGUGGAAGGCAUAUUCUUUCCUGCCUCAUUCGCUGCAAUAUUCUGGCUGAAGAAACGAGGUCUCAUGCCAGGAUUAACUCACUCAAAUGAACUAAUUUCGAGAGACGAGGGCCUUCAUCGCGACUUCGCAUGUCUUCUCUACCGUUAUAUCAAGAACAAGCUGCCACAAGAUCGCAUACAUGCCAUGGUCCGAGAAGCUGUGUCUAUUGAACAGGAAUUUCUGAAAGAGUCACUUCCUGUUGAUCUGAUCGGAAUGAAUUGUCGCCUUCAGUCGCAGUAUGUUGAAUAUGUUGCAGAUCAUCUCUUGGUUGAGUUGGGAUGUGAAAAGUUGUACAAGUCGAAAAACCCCUUCGACUUCAUGGAGAACAUCUCGAUUGACGGAAAGACAAACUUUUUUGAAAAGAAGGUCUCCGAAUACCAGCGCCCUGGAGUUAUGGCGAGUGAAGAAGAACGUCAAUUUCAUCUGGAUGCUGCCUUUUAA